CCGACGUCCAGCUCACCUCUGCUUCCUCAUCGCCAUCGUCAAAAGCGCCGCAGCACUCCCCGCGGUCUUAUCCAGACGAGGAUGAAAGCGUGCGAAUCGCCAUUAGCGCACUCGGCGACAUGCGUAACAACGCUCGCGCAGGCCCAUCUUCUCCGUCAACCUCCGCAUCCAAUGGACACCAAUACCCAGACGCGUCCUCGCCAGACUUUGUCUCUCGCGUCUCCCACUUCCCUAUCGUUAAUACCGCCCUCAAGGCAUACGAAAACACCAAGGCUAGUUCACGCAUGGUCAAGUAUGGCGCCGAGAUGAUGGAAUCGUCCAUGAAGACCUUCUACCGUCCCGUUCUGGGGAGAUUACCCGUCGACCAACUCGACGAGUUUGCCUGUCGACAACUGGAUCGACUCGACAAUUACCGACGUCCGUCGAGUGACAACAUUCGCGGCGAUAGCGCCCAACGCUCAUCAGACACCAGCGCAGGCGCAGAUCACGAUGAGCGUGAUAAUGCUGCAGGUGCCAGCAGUAGACCGUCAUCAUCGUCAAAUGCGCGUGAAUAUGCUACCGACGACGACUCAAUGAGUGUCACGUCGCCACCGCCUGCAAGCUUUACGGAGAGCAGAACGCCGACGCCGCAGCUACGUGAGCGAGAAGGUGAACCGUCGAGAUCGGAGAAUCAGCAGCAGAUCGUGCAGCGGAGCAGAUGGCAGACUGUGCUCCUCGAGGCGGGUGGGAUCGGUGCGGCGGUGAGCGAGGAGAGUAUGCGGAGGUUGAAGUACUGUCUGCAGUGGUUACAGUACGCAACAGAACACAUCGACGGCCAAAUCCUCAUACUUCGGGAUUUCAUCGUCUCCCUUCAAUCCGCCGCGAAUGGCUCUACGUCCCCUGACGCACUCAUCUCCCCCUCCCACCUCCGUACACUCACUGAGAUUCGCAAGGACGUCGUACACACUGUGCGUCAAGUAGUCGACGUCGUCUCCAAAUACGCCGGGGGCGCCCUCCCUGAGCCUGCACGUAGCCGCGUACGUGGGUUCAUGUUGCACCUUCCACAGCGGUGGGCGAGCGCGACCCAGGGUCUGCCUGUGGAGUCCAGUAGACCGAGUGUCCCAUCUCACGGGACGAGCAGUGCCGCAGAGGCUGCAAGCAGCGGUGGUGGGGCGAGCGGGGCUACCAGGAGAGGAAGACAGGCUAGGCAGGCGCAGAACCGUGAGCGCGGGACGGCAACGCCCGUGAGCUCGAGGCCCGUUAGUCCGAUAUCUAGUCCCCGCGUCAAGCCAAAGUCGACAACUGGUGCUGCUGGAGGAGCAGGUGCCGGAGGGACGGGUACGGUAGGCCCGCCAGCUCCGACGGCGGGGUCUGCGACUGCUGCUGCGCAGCGGAUCUUGACGCUUGCGAUGGAGAGUCUGGAUAUGAUGAGAGGGGUCACAUCAGUCAUGAAGGAGAGCUUGGAUCGGGCGGAUGCAUGGGUCGAACGCCUGAGAGUCGUCGGCAUUCAGCGAGGUCAGAUAUCCGAGCAACAAUCUCAGGCCCAGAGCGAGGAUAUGCCUCCUCCCCCACCGCCUUCCUCGUCAUCGUCUUCGGAUGUGAACGGAUCUUCGUCGUCCUCGUCCACGCUGGCACAUAGGCGGAAACACUCACUCCCUCACCUCACCUCGUCCGCUUCGACUUCGGCUGUCUCGACGCCGGCGCAGGACACGCCCUACUCGAGUGUGCCGACGACACCCGUCGAGCUCUCGUUGGGCGCCGUGCACCAGUUGAACCAGGUGCAGGUGCAACAGUCGCCGAUGGGUGCGGCACAGAUGCAGAGUUUGCCGCCUCUCGCGGCGUUGUCGUUGGGUGGGAGAGUUGUCGAGGAGAAGGCUGGUACCGGUGCUGUUGUUGGCGAUGGUGGGAGAGAGGCGAUGGAUGUGGACGUGGACGCGUGAGGUGAUUGAUGAGGAUGACCUUGGAAUAUGACGUGCUGCUUUUGGACGUGAUAUUGGGCGAGGGUCAUUCGAUGGCCCUCUGUUGGUUGCGAGUCGCUCUCGGCGGCCAUGAUGGUUCUUUUCUGUGGUCGAUGGAUGCGUGAGUUGUCGGUACGGCGUUGGAUGGGACGUACCCGUGUUGUGGGCAUUUGGAUGUUGGAUGCGGGCACUAACUUAUUCCAUUCCUUUGUUUGAUAUCUCUCUGGUUUCUCUCGCCGUUCUGGUUGUCAUGUUGCCCGUUCUCUGUUAUCUUGACGGUGGCUGAGUCGCUGCAUAGCUUCUGUCUCUUGUACAAACGCAUUCUCGCAUGUUCACACCUCUCCUUUACGUGAUUCUGUCUUCCCAUCUCAGUCUCUUAUUUACUCCUGUACGUUGCGUAUGUAGUAAUGCUGGAAACCGG